AUGUGGCAGCUUCAUUUCGUUUUCUGUACAUUGCUGUUGGGUGCCUUACUUGGCACACCCGCCUCAAAUGCUUUAUUAGCAGAUGCAAAAACGGAUACUGUUACGCCCAGUGUAGAUCCUUAUUUGAAUACUCCAUCACAUCAAAGUGCCGUCCAUACACCGCGUCCCAAUGUUGCCGCUCAAUCUGCGUCUGAUUGUUUCACCAACUCGCUUAAUUCAGAUUCAAUCUAUUGUCGGGGUUCGCGCGCUAUACGCAACGUCAUUAAUAAUUUGAAUCGCCGAGAUAAGCCGUUAGUGCUUAUGCGUGGCCUCGAGAUAGUGCCAAGUACACGUGCAAGCAACGUUACACCUGCGGAGGAUGCGCUUGAGAGCGACGACUCCUUCUUAGGUUGCAUCUCGGAGUAUUUACGUAGCCAUGAGUUGAAUAUAAAAUUUUCCGAUUUACUCGCCGAUGAAAGUGAACAUUUUUUGGCGCGCGAUGCAGAGCGGAAUGGCGCCGGUAAAGCAGAUGAUGUUCAAGAAGGACGCAAGAAGGACAAAGGGCAAGGCAUCAUCUUGGCUAUGGCACUGAUGUUCGGCAAAAUGAUGGCUGUUAUGGGCUUGGGAGGAAUUGGUGCAAUGGCAAUGAAAGCACUCGGCGUUGCAAUGACUGCUUUGAUGAUGGCCGGAUUGGUGGGUUUGAAGUCGCUAACUCAGCAAGGACACGAAACUAAACAUAGCGUACAAUAUCUGACUGGAGGCGAAGGACAUCAUCACAUGCGACGCAGGCGAAGCAGCUACGAUCCAUUGAAUUUGUCCUAUCGCGGCUGGCGGCAACAGCAGCAAAAAGUGGACGGAGCCUAA